AUGACAUCCAUUGAUAUCCCUACAUCAUAUGAGACCUUUAAUCUCACACACCUUCGGAUUUCCCACUAUCCUUCUGGAGCCCCGGAGGCAACUCCGGUGGUGAUCUUCACCUUGGAUAGACCGGAAAAGCACAAUGCUUUCACACCGCAGAUGGCCGAUAGCCUCACUCAGGCAUACAAAUUGGUUCAUGUUGACCCACGUGUAAAGGUAGUUGUACUCACUGGGGCAGGAAGGAUGUUUUGUGCUGGAUCAGAUCUUGAUAUUGGAUUCGGCAACGGACAAGGAAGAGCUGUUGACUUCCGGGAUAUUGGCGGCCGAGUUGCACUGGCAAUGCAUCGAUGCCACAAGCCUACUAUUGUCGCUAUGAAUGGGUCUGCUGUCGGUGUUGGCAUGACAAUGACCCUACCAGCUGCUGUUCGGAUCUGCCAUGCAAAGAGCAAGUACGGAUUCGUUUUCACCCGACGCGGCUUGACCAUCGAAUCCUGCGCAUCAUAUUUCUUGCCACGUCUAGUCGGCUUUUCGCGUGCCAUGCAGCUGAUCACCUCCGGUGGCGUCUUCCCCCCUACCUCCCAGCAUUUCGGCGAUCUUUUCACGGAAAUCCUCUCCGAUGCGGGGAAAAUCCUCCCGCGCGGGCUAGAGCUGGCCCAGGAGGUUGCGGAGAAUGUAAGCCCAUUGGCCUCUUCCAUGAGUCGUGCCUUGAUGUGGGAAGGCGCCGAAUCACCCGAAGCCGCACAUCUACUGGAGUCGCGGGUGUUUCAUCAUAUGAUUGGCCAGCGAGACUAUCAGGAGGGGGUUCGUUCGUUUCUCGAGAAGCGCAAGCCUUGCUUUGAGUCGGACUUGCGAGAGAUAAGUUCUCCGAAUUAUCCAUGGUGGCCAGAGGUCGAUAUUACCCGGGAGGCGUGUAUUUCCAAGCACAAGUUGUGA